GGAGAUAUAUUUGUUGACAUUUAAAUAACAAAAUACCUUAAACUAAUUUGAAUUUUUAGAAAAAACUAUUUGGAUUUCAACACAUCAGCGUAGGAACUGUAAAAGUCGGACAACACAAACAAAAUUCCACAACAUACAUUUGGCCGCCACUUACCAUUCCUACUGAGUCUUGUAUAAUUGGUGAGAAUGUCGGGAGAAGCUCCAGGAGCAGUAAAUCCCAACCCAGAUCCUCAGCCAGAGGCUGCUCCACCCCCUCAACAAUUUAAUGGUGUUCGUCCACUAAUAACCAUUAACCGUACAAGGAAUCACAACCAAUUCCGCGAUGUACGAGACAGAUUGUUCCAUACAUUAUUUUACAGAGGAGCGUUAGCUUAUGCCAGAGCUUUUCCUAAACCUCUUAGAAGAUUAAUAGAGUUUGUAUUUCUACUGAAGGCAUUUGGUGCAUUCUUUAUAUUAGUGUACAUUCACCUAUCGUUUUCAAAAACAGCAAAUUCUUGCUUGGACGGAGUGGUGAAUAAUUGGCCCAAAGAUGGCGUUUUGAGGGUGGAAAUUGUGAAAAACAUGGAGGAGGGUUACGGACUGGAGCAAAGUUACAUGAAAGAGGAGAGAGUAAACAAACUUGGCAGAGAUGAUAUGAGUAGUAUUUUGGGAUUAUUGACUACCAGGUUGGAUUUGGAACCUUCGACUUUGGAAUAUGGACAGAAACCGACUGAACCACUGACUAAAAACUUGGAGCCAGUCACUAUAAAAGCUUCGCCACCUGUUGACCCCGACAUGUCUUAUCCGGACGAAUUAUUAAACAUCUCGACAACAUCAAGAAGCAAACACUUCCUCUCGGACACUUACGAUUUUUUCACCAAAUCACCAAGGGACCCAGAAUAUACUAUGGUGGAACAAACGAGUCUUCUUCCCGAUAACCUCACCAGCAUAAGCAACCCGGAAACAUCAAAAACUAGCUCAAAAAGCUUCGAGACGAAAAUAAUUGACAAAGGCGAUGUUUAUAUAGUAGAAUAUGCUCUGGAAUACGGAUUUUUACGGCUAAGUCCAGCCACGAGGGCCCGUUUAAAUAUCCCGGUCAAGGGGGUGUUCCUUGAUCCGUCCAACCAUCAAUGCUUUGGCGAUUCCUUUAGUCGUAUUUUGCUCGAGGAAUUUUUGGGAUAUAAUGACUUAUUGCUGACUUCCGUUAAAUCGUUUGCCGAAAAGGAGCAGAACAAAGGAUAUCUCAAGAAUGUGGUUUCUGGAGAACACUACAGAUUUGUCAAUCUCUGGAUGGCUAAGUCCGCUUAUAUACCGGCAGUUAUAUGCAUGCUAAUUUUUACUGUCAUUGUCUCGAUGUUACUUCGUUACGCUCAUCAUCAGAUCUUCGUGUUUAUUGUUGAUCUGUUACAAAUGUUGGAGUUCAAUAUGUCCAUUACUUUCCCAACAGCACCUUUAUUAACUGUGAUUUUGGCGUUAGUGGGAAUUGAAGCGAUAAUGUCGGAAUUCUUUAAUGACACCACAACAGCCUUCUAUGUUAUCCUCAUCGUUUGGCUUGCAGACCAGUACGACGCGAUUUGCUGCCAUACUCCCAUAACGAAAAGACAUUGGUUAAAAUUCUUCUAUUUAUAUCACUUCGUGUUCUAUGCGUACCACUACAGAUUUAAUGGGCAGUACACUGGACUCAGUUUAACUGUGCAUUGGCUCUUUAUACAGCAUUCGAUGAUCUACUUCUUCCAUCAUUACGAGCUACCAGUAAUACUACACCAAAUCCAGUUUCAACAAAUUUUGCUAAGAUCUGCUCAGCAGCCUCCUGUUGCUGUGCCACCUGCUGAAGCUGUUCCACAUACAGUAGCUGCCAACGCUAUUCCAGAUCUUAGAGGCCGUAUCUCACAACUACUUUCAGUGGUGCGGCCCUCGGCAACGACGCAGACAUCGUCUAUUGCAGUUCCGCCUGUUUCUACGAUUGCAACCGUUUCAGUGGCCACCUCCACCUCUACGAUAACUACUUCUUCGUUAACUAGAACUACCGCUUCGGUGGGAACUACUGCUCAACCUAUAAUAACGAGUCAGUCGAUUCAAACGGUAUCGACAGACGUCAAUACGACAGAAUCGCAAACAUCUACGGGUCUUCAGUCCGAAUCCGUAUCAAUACAAACGAAUGACGAGGGCACGCGACCACCUCCGCAUGGAGGUCCGGAAGGUCCGGACCAGCCUUAAGCUUAGAGGUGACGACAUGUAUUUUACGGCUUGCGUUUUUUAAUUACACGCGAUUAUUUGCGAAAAGACUCAAUCUAGUUUUUAUAACAUCCGCUCAAUCAGCUAGUUACUCGUACCAGUCAAUUUUAAACCGUUUGAUGUAAGAAUAUCGCUCUUUGAUAAUAAUUUAAUUAAAACUGUAAUUUAAAAAGCUUAUUGACUUUACGGUUUUUAUUGGACCUUCCUUUUCCGUAGUCAGACAAAUUUAAAACGCUUGUAUUUUAGAUAAAAAUAUAACAUUAAAACUGA